UCUCAAUAGACCGCAAAAAGGUAGGGAAGGAGCUGUCAUGCACAAGCCGAGCGCGCCGUGAUCGUCUCAGGUGUUUCUUUCAGCGUUUUGCGUCUCGCUACGUAUGCUUUGGGAUUUUAGGUUGAAUUUCCCCCUCUUCAGUGGACUGUUUUGCUCUUUUGACCCUCUUUAUAACCAUUUUGGUGAAAGGACUAGGGGCAGCCAGCUGUGCCUGCAUGUGCCUGACUCGCCGGACGCCCUCCUGGACCUCUGUGACCUGCCAGUGCCGCCGGCUCCCAUGACAGCAGAAAGGCAGCAGCCUCCGUCCCAGACAUCAGUGCACUCCGCAAUCAACAUGCCAGUCGUCAAAGUGGAGAAGGAGUGCCCGUCGGACAGCCACGGAGACGGAGAAGAACCCCCGAAGGGCAGGCGGAGGAAGCGACCCCUCCAGAGAGGCAAGCCCCCCUAUAGUUACAUCGCCCUCAUCUCCAUGGCUAUCGCCAAUUCGGCGGAGAGGAGGCUUACGCUCGGGGGUAUCUACAAGUUUAUUAUGGAACGGUUCCCAUUUUACCGGGACAACUCGAAAAAGUGGCAGAACUCCAUUCGACAUAACCUGACUCUCAACGACUGUUUCAUCAAGAUUCCACGAGAGCCCGGGCGCCCCGGAAAGGGCAACUACUGGGCACUGGACCCCAAUGCAGAGGACAUGUUCGAGAGUGGGAGCUUUCUCAGGCGAAGGAAAAGGUUCAAGCGGUGCGAUCUGACAACGUACCCGAACUACAGCCACGAUUCUCCCGUCUUCGCGCCUAUGCAAGUCGCCAGGUCGCCAUAUGCCAACUCCAUGUACACGAACAUGACUGGGGGCGCUCCUUAUGGUCAACAGGUGGCUCCGCACUCAUCUGUCUACUACCCAUCGACUUCCCCAAAUUUUACCUCCAGUCAGUCCCGAAUGUUCAGUAUUAACAACCUCAUAGGGCACCACGGUGGACUGGCUGCCGGGACGGAUCUCAUGCAGCAGCCCACCCGCAAUCACAGCCCGGACAUGUGCGCGACGACCACCUCCUGUACCCUGGCGGCCGCAUCCUUUCAGGCCCAGUCCUGUGGGGGCAGCAUGCUGUCCAGAGCCACCAAUCAGAUGUCCUACCCGUACACGGUGACAAACGGAGCCCUGACUGUGAGCCAGCCGUCCUAUUCACAGGGCAGCAACGCCAUGUACGGGGCGCCGGGGCGCCUGGCAAUGCCAGCCGCCCCCACUGUGGGUACAGACGGCGUGGAUCUCUAUGGACGAGUAUCGCCAGGUCAGUACACGGCGUUGGCGCAGUACAGCAAUAAUGGAGCGAAUGCUUACCUGAGACACACGCCCUAUUCGGGCAACAUGGACAGGUUUGUACCGGCCAUUUAGAGGGAGACCCCUCAGCAGGGCAGAACUGGGACCCUUAAUGCUACCAAGGCGUUGGACAGCCGACCUCAAAGACAAAGUGUCACGUUUACAGCAGCAGGACCCGCUUUGUUCUUGCCUGUCUCCUUUUUUAAGUUGGUAUUUAUUUAUUCGAUGCGCAUUUAGCAGCACUUGUCACCAAGUCCACGGAGUCCAACGGUGAGCAGAGGGGACAUCGCCAUUAAAAAACAAAAAAUAAAGCUGCGUUUGUGCAGGACAAGCAGUCGGCGAAAUGGACAGGAAAGCUGGACUUUGUGCCUAAUCAGUGGCCUUCGCUUUAUAGUGACACUCGCCGAUUUAAUUCCGUAAGCAAUGCUCUUUCUUGACAUCUUGAUAUAGUGCCUUUAUUGGUGGUCCCAGAAUGAUUCUAUAAUGCAAAGCUAUAGAGCUUUCUUUCUUUCUUAUAUAUUAAAAAUUGAUUUUAUUGAA